AUGAAGUCAUCAAUUAGGCUAUUAAAACACACAAUAAAGUUUGUUGGUGGACCACACCCUGUCCCAAAACCUCACCCAGCGGGCCCACAUCCACUUGCACCCAAGGGAGUAGUACCUGGAUCAGUUGGUGUAUCGUCCAGUGGUUCCCAAUCCAGAAACUUCCACCAUAAGAGCCCUGUUGAACCACAAAAUGGAGAAUAUUUCUCAAGAAGUGAAUUACCAAAAAGAUUUAGAUAUCCAACAAUUAAAGAUUGGGAAAUUGAUCAAGUAAGUAGCGGGGGUGCAGAUGUUGUCUUUUAA